AUGGGAGGCACGUAUUCCGAGGGGUUCUCUCAAACCGACGGGUGGAAAUUGGGAGUGCUCUUUCUUCUCUUUGUCGUCAUCUCGUACGCGUUCAUCGAAUUCAACACGAGGCUAGAGCAUUAUUUAAAAGAGAAGAAGCUGAGAGCGUUGCGGCACGUUUUGCAUAAACUGCAGCACGAGAUUAUGCUUUUAGGAUUCAUAUCUCUCUCGCUCAUCGCGCUGCAGGAACCUCUACUGAAAAUUUGCGUCAGUGGGGAAAGUUCGUCGGCGGAGCAAUACACGCACGAUUGCGGCGAAGGCAAGAAGCCAUUCUGGUCGGCGACUACGAUUCAUCAGACGCACAUUUUUAUCUUCAUUCUAGCGGUAACGCACGUGGCGUACAUCUCACUAUCUAUGCUCGUCUGCAUUCUUAAAUUGAACUCGUGGAAGAAGUGGGAAACCGGCGACCACGAUAUCGUGCCGUUGAAUCCCCACAUCAAUCCGAGACUGGUCAUUGAUGCGAAUUUAUUAGUGCUUAUAUGGAGAGCAUUUUGGGCGCAAUUUCGAUUCUCGGUCAACCGAGAGGUGUAUCUUUCGUUGCGAAGACUUUUUGUCGAACGCCUAGGCACGCCGGACGACUUUCAUUUCCACGAUUUUUUGGUAGAGGCAAUGGAGGAAGAUUUCGCGAGCAUCAUUGAUACUAAAGUUUUCAUGUGGGUUUUAGCCGCUUUAUGGGUCACUGUACCAAGAUAUGUCUUCUUACCUGGAGGGAUCGCCGCGUUAGCGAUCAUGCUUUUCGUGGGAACGAUGUUAGAAGCCGUAAAUAUUAGAUUAGCUCAAGCAGCCUACGAAAGAUUCGUAGGCGAAGCUGCUCAAACGUCCAAAACUCUGCGCGAAAACGGAGAAGACGAAGGCGAGACCGAGUACACCGACGAUAAUAAUUAUACUCCAGCAGAGUUGAAGAAUAAAAAGAAGAAUGUAACAGAUGCUGCAGAAAAUGGGACGCAACUUUCGGGAGGCAUGCGAACGAUAGCGGAGGAAGAGGAGAAAACAGCAAAGCCUCAAACGUUGCCAAGCAAAAGUACUUUCAGCAGUCUCCGCGACAGAGCCGGUGAUUUUUUCAAAGGUGUUAAAGAUAAAGUCUCGAUGCACGCAACUAAAGAGUUAACGAGUGAAGAACGCUCGAAGAAACGGCGAGCGUUGCGGGCAGAAAUUGAUUCGAAAAAUUAUUUUUGGCGCGGAAGACCUCAGAUUUUACUCACAAUCUUCCAAUAUGUUUUGUUUGAAAACGCCAUGUCGCUUGCAAUGUUAGUUUUCUCGGCUUGGCAGGAUCCGGAUUGGUUAUCACAGAAUGCAAAUGUGCAAGCGAAUGCGUCUAUUUUGCUUUUCAUAGUCGAUAUUAUUGUUCUUUUGCAUUCCGCGUAUUUCAUCUUGCCGGUGUAUGCGAUAUCCUCGGUAGUCGGAACGCACUGUUCGAUGUCUUUGGUUGAAUAUGCUAAAAAAAUGGGCAUUUCGAACGAGCGCGCCGUGGAAGCGUACCGUCGUCGGGCUGACUUUAAGAAAGAUGACGCCGAUAACUAUAUGUACGACUCCUCUGGAACGCAAACACCAGAUUUUGAUGAUGUUUUAAAAGCAGCGUCAUCGAUGUCAUCGCCGCAAUCGCAGACGAAAACGAAAUCGCAGAAAGCUCCGGAAUUUUUAUCGCAUUUUGUUGGUGUUCCAACGGAUAAAUCUUUGGCGAGACGUAACGAAGUUCCAGUCGCUCCGUUUGAUCAUUCACUGGAUAACGAGCGGUCAAUGACGGCUUUGCUCGGUGCGAUUCUAACGAAACAAAUGCGUGAAAUUCGUGCGAAAGAAGCUGCGCGUGCGGCGCAGAAGCAUAAACCGAGACCACAUUCCAAUUCACCUUUAGCUGCACUUAAACGUACAAUGUCUGGAAGAACGCUGAAUUUAGGACUAGAAGAGAUGACAGAUUCACAGCAACUGCCAAGCAGCAGUCGAUUUCGAGGCGAACCGCUCGCUUCUCCGACGUGGUCGGUUUCCGAGCGAGCAAAGCAAAAAGAAAAGGACGAACAAGAGGAAGUAGCAUCCCCAGAAUCAAAGGAGACGCCAUCGACUGCGCCAAAAGGUCGCAUGGUAUCCUCAAUGCGAGCAGUGCCAUCUUUGAAAGACGUGUUCCGAUUCACAGAGCAGCAGCCAUCGCGUACGCGUACGAGUUUUAGCGAAGAGACUAGGGAUGAACAACAUCCACAACAAGAAGUAAAGACAGAGCUGGAGGAAGUCGUCGUUGAACAACAGCAAAAGCGGAAAAUUAGUUUGGACAUUAUGAGAAAGACAAGUAUCGAUGAAGAAAGGGAGACUACGAAGAACCUGGACGACGAUGGUGACGAAGAAGAAACCAGUAAACGAUCAAUCAAGGAUAUAUUUCCAAUGUAA